AUGCCGAAGUGGGUCUUUCAUCAUACCGCCGGUACUUUCACCGUCGAAGAUAAGCACCGCAUUGCAAAUGGCAUGGUCGAAAUCUACAAGACCAUCGGCCUUCCCGCAUUCUACUGUCAUGCGCAUUUCUUCGAGUUGCCAGAGAAUAGCAUCUUUGCCGGAGGAGAGUAUCCCUCUCAUCCUUCUGCAUUUCUGACUACUCUUUCCAUCUAUCACAUUGCCCAAGGGUUCCCCAAUAGGGAGGCCUCGGAGGGCUUUCUGAAGGCUCUUGACAGUAUCCUCAGGCCAAUCCUGAAGCUGAAGAAGGCCGAGUGGGAGCUGGCCAUAUAUGAGGCCAAUCGCGACUAUUGGAGAGUUAACGGCCUCAUGGCACCGGAGACGGGCUCCGACAUGGAGAAGAAGUGGGCGGCUGCCAACCAAGUCACGGACGAAGAGCAGCUUCUUCAUGCUCAAGGUUAUUGA